GGCCCCGCCGACGCCAUGGCCCGAGCGGCCCCGCGGGGAGAGCCCCCGAGCGGGGCAGGGUUGGCCCUGGAGCCCGGGCCGCUGGCUCCCGCGGCCGCCGCCGGUCGAGCCCCAGGGCCCGGCGCUGAGGAGCUGGGCGAACGGGAGGAGGGGCCGGGCCGGGCUCAGGCCCCGCUGUCACAGCUGCGGCCCUCGGGGGGACCCCGGCGCGUGCUCUUCGCGGACGAGGCCCUGGGACUACCCCUGGCCCAGCUGAGGCGCUACCAGCCCUGGGGCUGUGCGGGGCUCGGAGCAGGGCCGGACGAGGACGACGAAGACGAGUCUCCUCCGGAGCUGGGCCUGAGCGGGAGCCCCCCCGGAGCGGGACCCGGGCCUCCCUUCUAUCUGCUGCCCGGCUUCGUGCUGCCCCCGGCCCCGGGCAGGCUGGAGCGCCUUCGGGGCUCCAUGGUGGAGCUGGAGGACCUGCUGCCUCCAGAGGAUCCCGGGAUGCCGGGCCGGGCGCCGGUUCUGCGAGGCCUGAUCCGAGUCCUCAACCUCUCGUACCACAAGGCCGUGCACGUGCGGGCCACCCACGAUGGCUGGCUGACCUUCCAAGACCACCCUGCCCACUAUGUCCCGGGGGGGAGCAGCUCCCCCGAGGAUGGGGGGCAGACUGACCGCUUCGCCUUCCAGCUGCCCUUCGAACCCCCUAGUGUGGGUGCCCAGGUGCAGGAUGGGGCCCGUAUUGACUUCGUGGUAAGGUACCAGACACCCGAGGCCACUUAUUGGGCCAACAAUCAGGGCAAGAACUAUACGGUGGUGUUGAAGGAGACAGCGGGCCGGGCCAAGGGGCCGGGCCUCUCCGGGCCUCCCGGGCCCCUGUUGCACCCCUCUCCGCCCCCAACGAAGCACCUUUUUUGGGAGGUUGAGACGAAACAGCUGAAGAGCUGUAUGAAACCUGUCAGACACAGGCAGGCUGAGGAGGAACCCAGAAGAGAGACCGUACAUGACUCUGUCUCUUCAGUGGAAUGUUCUGAUGACGGGGACAGGGGGUCAGAGAGCAUAUUAGUAACAUCUUUACCACUCCAACCAGGGCCACAAAUAAUACAGGUCUCCGAUGUCAUGGUGACUAGCUCUUCAGAAAACAACGAAUCACACCUGUAUCUGCCUGAGACCUUCCCUGAGUACCCACAGUCCCCUACCAUCGAAAUCCACCCUUCUGUGCCGAGCGUGACACCUGAGCAGGGAAGAACCUUGGGAAUCCCUCUGUCGGGAGCUCAGGAAGAGGGUCUGUCGGAGUCGGUGAGUCCUCUGAGUGAGCGGGCUUCUGACAACUGCCCUGGGAAGUACGCGGACUUGUUUAGAUCAGAUGAAGUCCAGACAGAGGACUCUGUGGACUUGGAAUUAGAACAACUCUACCUCACGCACCUGAGCCGCUUGAGAGCUGCGGAGGUGGCCGAUGGGGAUUCCAGGGGGGUCCAUACAACUGACCAUGACCAAGACCUCUACCUGAAGUGGAUGGGUCCCGAGAGGGCAUUGAACAGCUCGCUGGCCGAGGAGAUCACCCUCCACUAUGCGAUGCAGAACGUGCACGGUGUGAUGGAGUUCCUGGAAGAUGCCAAAGAAGAUGGCAGCAGCAGUGGCUGCGAUGUUGAAGAGCUGGGGACCUCCUCUGGGGCCGAGGAGGACGAUGACGAUGAUGAUGACGACGAUGAUGACGACGACUUCGUGGAAGGAGACACACUGAAAGAAUCCCCCCCUGGCAUCGUCACUGGCAUGUGGCUCGCAGGACAACAUCCAGGUUUCAUCUUGGUCAAGGAUGGGCUGAGUCAAGAUCUAGAAGAGGAGGAAGCGCAACAGGGGCCUAGUCAUUCGUGGUCCCAUUCCUGGGAAGCCCCUGAACAGGAACCAGUGGAUACAGAGAACGAAUGUGACCAGCUCGAUACCAUCAAGGCCGAAGGGCUAUCUUCCCACUUCGAGGAAAGCAACAAUCUCUCGCCCGACAACAACCCGGAACAGAAGCCUGCAGGCGCUGCCCAAGAGGGAGGCUCCGGGGAAUUCCCAGGCCUGGCAUUGCAGACAGCGGUCAGCCAGUCUCUGUGCGUGCUGGGUUUGUUGGUCUUCCUGCCUAUUGUGUGGAAUGCUUGUAUGGCCUUUAUGGGUUUGGCCUUUUAUCUCUCUCUGACCUGGUUCUCUUAGGCGGCUAAUGGUCUAGUAGGGGGAGAAACAAUGUGAAGGCCCAGCAAUAAGAAUCACCGAAACUCCGUGUGGCUCCAGACUUCGGGAACCGUGCACCCUGUGGGAAGGUAGUAGAGGAAAUGGGAAAAGGCAGGCAGAUUCUCAGAGCUUUUAACCAUCCAGGCCCCGUUUGGGCCCACAUAUGCAGAUAGACACGGGCCCACUCAAAUACACACAUUCACAUAGAUCCAGCUGGAUACCCGUACACGCACACGCACGCGCACGAUACCCAGGUACGUGGUGAUCGGGGCGAGGGCAGGGAAAAGCGGCUCCCUGCCACGGUCGGGAGGCCCCGGUUGGUCUCCUGCAAUCCCCAUGUUUCUUACUCAACAACUUCCAAGAACCACCGGGGCUUUUUGCAGUGACCGGGUAGAGUCCUCCCUAGAGUCUCCGUCUUCCCAUUUCUGUGAUGGUUUGGAUGGCAGCUGAAAGGGCAAGUUAGACUUGGAAGUUUUUCCUUUUUCGUAGUCUUCCAGGUGCCCAGUUUGCACCCUCAUUUGGGGCCGGUGGAGAAAUCCCACUUACAUUAGAGCUCACUCUUCUUGUCUCUGCCCUUUGGCAAUGAGCACAUGGACCAGGUCCCAGGCUUAAAGACCCUCGUGAGUGGUCACUUGGGACUGGCUCCACCAACUGUUUGCCAAGGUGAGUUAGAGGCUAAUUAGAGCCAGUGCUCUGGCAGAGCCUGACCUUGACUUGAAGCAUUUCCUCUACAAUAUUCCCAACUAAUUGUCAUCCAUUCAGUGGAUCGGGCCAGGUUUGGCCCUUUCCCAUAUGGAUGGCCUCUGGAAAAUAGCUAUCUGCUCUUCCUUGAGCAUCCAAGGGGUGUGUUUCCGCAAGCCUGGGACACCUAGGGGCAAAAUCACAAUUGUAUUUUACCUGAAAGAUUACCAACGGGAAACAGAGCAAAUAGUGCCAUGUGGGAUAGUGAGGGGAAAGGACCCUGUCCUUAGUUUCCUCGCUGAGUCCCAGGGCUCCUUCUAAAUGGGCCCAGGAAGAGCUGGGCCAACCAGUUGUCCAGUGGAAGGACAAGAAACCUCAACUGUCUCAAUUCCAUGAAAGCUGGCCAGAGGAACCUCAGCUUGAGAUGAGCUCGACAACGGUCUUAAGGGAUGAAUCCUGGUUUACUUUUUUUCCCCCCCAGAAACAGGAUGCUCUUUAGGCUCAGUUUGGGGGGGAGGUGACCAGGAAGCUAAGCGACAUUGGAAAUGCAUUUCCUCUGUGCCUCAGAGGGUCCAGUGACAGAAGUGCUAGGGGGGACCCUCAGGCUUCAGGGUGAAAGAGCUAAACUGAGUUCAGGGAUUUGGGGGUUGAAAUGUGACGAACCACAGCAGACUGACUCCCAGCCUUCACGUGGUGUCCCUCCUUUGGGAACAUGGUUUGGUUCUUCAAAACUGACAGGAAGUGUUAACUUUCUGCUAGGAGGGAAUGAAAAGAAAGAUGUAAUCUUUUCUCCAAGCCCAGUCCACAGGCCCCCUGAGCAGGCGGCCCUGUCUUAGAGGGAGGGACCCCAACUCUUAAGUUCCUCCUGUGGGGCGAUGGCCUCAGGAUCUCCAAUCUCCCUCUUGUUUUGAUGGGAAGUCUAGGACUAAGUUGUAGGUUUCAGUUUUUUCCUCGGCCUCCCUCCUAAAAUUUGUCUGUUUAUUUGAUGAGUAUCCCUCAGUCAAGCCAGUACACUUACUAAAUGCCUAUUAUAUUCCAGACACUGUGCCAAAGGCAAGGGAUACAAAGGCAAAAAAAAAAAAAAACCAAGCACCUCGAAGGGUGCCCAGUUUAGUGGGGGAUGCUGCAUACAAGCUAAUGGGCAAACAGGCUCUGGCCAGGACAGCAUGGGGGAGAGAGGAGAGGGCAGCCACUAAGAUUAAGGAGACCUGGGAAGAGAAGCCAGGAGGAGAUUGAUGAAGGGGGGAGAAGCUUGCCUAGGAGGUCUACCUUGCUUCAGUGCCCAGAAGGGGGGUUAGAAUGAGGGCAGCACCCCUCCUGCAGGGUCAGCUUUUCAAGGAGUAAGUAUCAAAGAUGUUCUCACCUCCACUUUCAGAAAGUUUACGUGUCCUCUCCUCUGUUGUGAGUUCUUACAGUCAUGUUUGACUCCAUGACCCCAUUUAGGAUGUUCUUGGCAGAGAUACUGGAGGGGUUUGCCAUUGCCUUCUCCAGCUCCUUUUACAUAUGAGGAAACUGAGGUAGACGGGGUUAAGUGACAUGCCCAGGGUCACACAGCUAGGCAAUGUCUGAGACAGAUGAGUCCCCCUGCUUUCAGGCCCAGUGGUGCUCUAACCACUGCAGUGCCACCUUGUCAUGUGAGAGAUUGCAUUCUAAACCUGCUGCUGCAAAGGAUCCUAGAGGUAAGAUGUGCCCACAGCCCCUCCUGGGCUUCCCUCCUCUUGCUUUUCAGCCUUCUAAAAACUAGCCCAGUUCUCCACUGCUGACCAAACCAAAUAAAACUACAGAUUCCUGCCCUGGAGGCGCCCCACAAGCUGCUUCCCACUGGCUUAGCCAGCCUGCUCUUAGGGUAUUGCUCCUCUGCACUCUGUGCUUGAGCCAAAUGUUUGUACUCUCCAUUCCCUAGGGUUUAUUCUGCUCUAUCUUCCCACAGAUCUGUCAAAGCCUAACUUUUCCGGCACGCAUAGAUCAUAGUGACCCCUCCCUGGUUCAACUGAAAGCCCCUUAAGAACAGGACUUAUCAGCCUGGUUUUUCAUCUACACCAUAGUACCAUGUAUACAGUAGUGGGUUAAUAAGUAUCAAACCGAAGAUCCCUUGAGUGUUUAAUAUGCUCCACUCCCUUGUUCUCUGGAAGUGCAUCCCAAUCUCUCCAUCCCUGUUUGUCCUUGGCUAUCCCUCCGUGUCUCUGCAUCUGUGUCCAUGUCCCUAUCUGUCUCCGUUUCCCUGUCUUUGUCUAUUUCCCUCUCUGUUCCAUCCAUGUCUGUGUGUCUGUCUGAAGAGGGCUCUGGAUAGGGAACCUAGAGAUCUGGGGAGUUCAUCAGGCUUUUGCAAGUGCUUCCUAGGAGUCUCAGACUCAGACCCUUCUGUGCCUGAGAUGGAUGUAUUGCUUGCCUGCUACUAUUUACCUCUGGCUUCAGAGUGGGGAUGAGAUCAGGAAAUCAGGCCCUUGGCCCCGUGCGCCUCCUUCAGCAUUUUGUGAACUAGAUACAGGAAGAGUAGCACUCAAUUGGUAGGUUCCUUUGGGUCCGUUUGGGUAAACUUCAGAGACCGGAAAAUCUCCCACGCUGCCCGAGCCAUGGAAAAUAGAAGAGUCCCAGUCUCGAGAGCGCCCUGUCCUUCGGCUGCCUGUGCAUCCUCAGCACUGUGACUGUGUGAAAAUAAAUUUUCAAAUCUCAGCUCCUUA